AAUAAACAUCCAAACACAUUUUUUUAACUCAUUACCUUACUUUACCUACCUUCAAUUACCUAUCUUUAAUUACCUUCAAUUACCUACCUAAUAAAAAGUUUACCUACCUCCAAUCAAACAUACUCUAAAAAAUUGAAGGAUUAGCAUUUACUGUACAAAAUUUAGGCUCCAAUGGGUAGUGCAUUAAAUAGAACGCAGUGUAUUUUCCAUUUCUCGUCUUCCAAAUAUGCACAGUAUUGUAGAUAGUGGAAAUUGGGUUUCUCUCGAUCGCUGCUAUUUUCUCCGCUUUCCGAUCGCCAAUUCUUUUUCUCCUUCGUUGCUCUUCUCCUUCACUGCUAUUAAUCUGCACAAUUUUUUUUGCUCGGGUUGCUUAUACGGAGUAGGUAUGAAUCAAAUUUCUUUUUCCUGAAGAGAUCUGUAUCUUCACCUUCACUGCUAUGGAGAUGUCUAUAUCAUCACCUUUACUGCUCCUCUUCUUUGAUGAUGUCGCCAACUGCAAUUUUAUUUUGCUCUGCAACUAUGGAUUCUGCGUAAAUUAUGCACUCAUGCUUCGCACAAACAAACACAGACGAUAAUUGUCUGUGCGACACAGACAAUUAUCGUCUGUGCUUGUCUGUGCGAAGCAUGGGUGCACCCAUGGUAGCACCCAUGUGGUGGCACCCUAGCAUGGUCCAAUUAAGAAUCAAACUAUGAAUAAGAAUAUUAAAAUAUUAUAAAAAUGUAUUAUAUAAAAGAUAUGAUUGGAGUGAGUAUAAAAAAGUUGAUGUGUAAAACACUGUUGAUAGUGUAAAGUAAGAUUUACACUACCAUUUUUUCCACUAUCACUUGGAGAUGCUCUUAAAGUUAGGCCAUUUUUUAAAGUAAAGGUUAUUACUUUAACAGUAAUGUGGGCCUAACUUUAAAACUUAUGAAGAUUAUGCUCCAGACACCAUGUGCUUUUAGAGCAAACGACCAACAUAUGUAAAAAAAAAUUCCAUUCCUGGCAGUGUAAGUAAGACAUUUUUUUCUGAAAAUUUCCUGGCAGUGUAAGUCAGACAUUUUGACAGUCAAUACGGAUUUGGCUACUCCGUUUCUACUCGAAAAUUUUAAAUAAAACGGAGUAGCCAACUCUGUCUUAAAGUUUUUAUUUCUCAUACGGAGUAGCCAACUACAUUUUCAGAAAUUAAAUGCCAUACGGAGUAGCCAACCCAUCCCCUUCCGUCCACCCAUUCCAGCGCCUCCAUCCCCAUUCCAGCCGAAGAGAAAUCCAAACCAUUCUAGCGCCUCCAUCCGCCGAAGAGAAAUUCGACCAGAGAGGGGAACCGCCACCGCUGGAAGGACAAUUCGGACUAGUCUACUCCGUUUUAUGGAGUUACUUCAUGUGUUUUUUAUUAUAAUUGCCUAAUUGUGUGCUUUUAUUAAAUGCAAAAUUGUUAUGUUGUAAUGUUUGAAACAAAUGAGUUCUUAUUAAAUGAAUAAAUUGUUAAAAUUUUUAAUCUUUGAAGCAAAUGGAUGUUCAUCCGGGACCUAUUUCACGAGACGUUUUAGUUCUUGAAGGCGGAGUACAUAGGUGUGAUGCGGUAUGGGCGGACGAAGAAUAUGCCAAAACGAGUCUAAAGUGUCAUAGGACUUGUUCUAGCAUAUAUCCGAGGACUCUUGUUGCUAAUAGACCACCUCGUGUUAUAGAGAUUUUACAAGAUUAUGGAUUUUAUGGGGUGGAGAAAGUAGGUGGAUUACAGUUAGACUGGGCUCUGAUUACUUCUUUAGUGGAGAGAUGGAGACCCGAGACCCAUUCAUUCCAUCUGCCCUUUGGAGAGGUGGGAAUUACGCUGCAAGACGUUGAUGUUUUACUCGGAUUGCCCGUAGAUGGCAUUCCAUUGUCGGGGGUCACUAGUCGAUCAAGAGAUCCGUGGAUUCAGAUUUGUCAUGACAUGAUGGGUUUUAGACCUGAACCAUCUGAUAUUACGUCUUCUAUGAUUAAGAUAUCUGCAAUUGUUCCGAUGGCGUUGACAGAGCAUAGUGUAUAUGUUGAUUACCAACAACAUGCUAGAGCUAUUAUGUUUAAGUUGUUGGGUGGAAGCUUAUUUCCCAACACGACGGGAAAUAAGGUUAGUUUGUAUCUGUUGGAGGUAAUCAUGGGUGACUCUGUGCUGGUGCGGGGUCGUGCCAUUGGUGCUGCGGUUCUUAGUUACUUGUAUCGUAGUAUCUGUCGUGCUAGCAUGACACAUGUAUCACAGAUUGGAGGGUGUCUUAUCCUAUUACAGCUUUGGGCAUGGGAACGUCUGCCUAUGACUAGACCUAGGGGCGUUGUGCCAUUGGAGCACUGGUUAAUGUUCCAUAGUAUUUACAAUUUUUUAUGUCUAUCAUGCAUUCACUCAGUUUAUUUUAUUCAUGUUAAUGUUUAAUCCUCCACUGGUAGAUGGGUGUGUUAUCAUCGGUGGUCAGAUUGUACGACACACUCCUUACGAGCAUACAUGGACCAGCUAGAUAGGUUGCUCGAGGGAGAGGUAAGUACUAAACACAUCACAAUGUUAUGCAUACAUAUUUUAUUUUAAAUGUCUAUUGUAUUCCUUCUUUAUGUAUGCAGUUUGUUUGGAUGUCGUAUCCGAAUCUUGAUACCCUACCACGCUCUUGUUCAGCCGGACUCCGAAUAUGGAUAUCACGCAUCCCUUUGAUCUAUGGCUAUGUUGUGGAGAUGUACUAUCCGGAUCGGUUUUGCAGACAGUUUGGUGCCCUCCAACGUGUUCCUCUCGAUGUUGUGUAUGAUCGACACCUAUUUUCAGUAGAUGGAACUCACUUAUACGGCAAGUAUAAGGGAUGUUUAUUACUUGCCAUGGCAACGACAGGAAAUGGUGAAAUUUUUCACCUGGCUUUUUCCAUUGUGGAUGCUAAAGAUGAUGCAAGUUGGAAAUGGUUCAUGAAGAAUGUCAUGCGUCAUGUCGUACCCCCACAUCGCCGUGUAUGCAUAAUAUCUGAUCGACACGGUGGGAUUGACCAUACAUUUGAAAAUGUUCCAAGAUUGGGUGGAGGUCAAGUGACUCGAAGAUAUUGUCUCUGCCACCUACGAAGCAAUUUCUGGAAGAAGUUCUGAAGUAAGAAGCUGCGGACCUUGAUGUACAAAGCUGGUGAUGCCUCGAACAGAAAUGAGUUUGACCAGUUGCUCCUCCGAAUAGCAUCCAAAAAUCAAGAAGCUUACAACUGGCUUAAUGCCAUUCCGAAACACAAGUGGGCUUUGUCACAUGAUGAAGGUGGCACAUGUUAUGGUAUAAUGACUACAAAUUCAUCAGAAAGUUUCAAUAAUGUCCUUAAGGGAUGUCGUUGUUUGCCCGUAUAUGCCAUUGUGAAGUUCACCUAUGAGAAGUUGGUCAAACUUUUCGCUGAGAGGCAAACAAAUGGAUAUGUAUGGCAGCAAUCCGGGUACAAUUUUCCUAUGAAUGUGUGGAAACAUAUUAGGAAAAAUGAAGAAAAUAGGCUUUAUUAUCGUGUUGUGCAGCACCACGCACAAGAAGGGAUAUAUUCUGUGGUGGUGGAUGGGUCGUCCUACAUUGCUCAGUGGGAGACAUUUACGGUGAACUUAAAUGCACGAACAUGUAGCUGUGGUCAAUGGGUAACAUUUCACCUCCCGUGCAGUCAUGUCCAUGCAGUAUGUCAUUAUUGUAGUGUCACCGUGGAUCAUUUGAUUCCAAAUGUUUUUUCAAUUCAGUGUUACAUCAACGCUUCCUCUGGCAUCAUAAUGCCGCUACCAGAUGAGUCUGAAUGGCCUACUCCAGAGUACGAGAUACUGAGGCUAACGCCACGACAGACCACAUGAAUCGGCCGACCUACGAGAACCCGCUAUCGGAAUAACAUGGACUAUCGACCACGGAGACAUAGCAACGAGGAAUAGCUAUGUCAUGAAUUUCAAUUAUGUCUGAGUUUAUGUAUUAUUAAAUUUUACAAAUAAGUUAGUCAUGGAUUGUGUUUAGGUUUCUUCAUUUUUUGAAUAAAUUGUUAUAUGUACUCUAGCAAUAAAUUUAUUGUAUUUUG